UCGGCCUCCAUUUCCGGUUCCGGUUAGUUCACCGUGUUUUGUUGUGUACCUCUGUCUCUGUACCUUCUCACUGUCUCUAAUGUACAGAGCACCAGUAAAUCCUCAGCGGAGUCCCGGAGCUCCGCGGCCGGCUGGAAGGUUUCCUUCCCCGGCCUCCUGCUGGAGUUUUCACGGAGCUCGCUCCCCAUACGGAGGCUCCGGUCACCGCGGAGGAUCUCCCCGCGGCUGCCCCGCCUUCUCCCCGGGCUCUCCGGUCUACUCCCCGGGAUCUAACCGGGGAUACAGGGAUGGUUCUCCGGCCGGGUUCGGCAGCGGGUCUCGAGGAUUCGGACAGUCCCGGCACAGAGGGAGCGGUUUCCGGAGACCUCCUUCCUUCAGUCCCGGCUCAGCUCACAGCUCCCAGAAACCUUCGGACUCGUCAGUGCAGAGAUAUUUCAGUCCAUCCAUGUUGGAGGAUCCGUGGUCGUCUCUGCUGCCCGUCACUGCUGCUCAACAACUACAGCCUGACAGGAAACAACACAACAACAAACAAUAACAACAACAAACAGACUGACAGGAAGCUGUGUCGACAGGAAACAGGAAACAACAGGAACAAUGUGAUCAAUGUCACACAACAACAACAAUCAGGUUCAGCAAAAGUAAACAACCUUCUGAGCGUGCUCAGUCACCAGCAGCCUCUCACUGAAGUCAGGGAUCAAACUUUUGUACACGAUGAUGAUGAUGAUGAUGAUGGUGAUGAUGUUUUUAACAAAACAUUUUUACACUAAAUUAGAUAUAUUUUUUUUUAUUUUCAGACUGUUUGUAAAAAAAAGUUUUGUUUUGUUUUUUUCAAGUUAAAAAAAAUCUUAAGUUUUUUUUUAAUCUCUUGAGCUUAUCGUCAUCACCUGAUGCUCAGGUGAGCUCACACUGAUCAGUUAAUAAACGAUUUCCAUUGCAAGGCUCAAAGUGUAAACUAAGAGAAAACUGAAGAUUAUGCAGUCAUCAACAAUCCCUUAAAUUUACCCUUGAAUUAACCCUGAAAACAUAAAUGUCUUAACAACAUCAGUGUUCAUUCAAUUUACUCUUUUAAUUAAAAAGACCUUAAUUUGAAAGUCUGUGAAUGAAGUUUAUUUUAAGGGCUUCAUGACUUCCCUAAUUUCCUUUUAAACCCCGCGAAGAUGAAAUAUCUUUGUAUUUCAGGAAACACACUCACUCUCUGUGUGUGAACGGUUAAGAUAAGGGUUGAGGUAAGGGUUAAUCAGAGUUAAAUUAAUGGGAAACAUUAUAUUAAGGGGUUUUUAAUGGAUUAUUGUCAUUAUUUAAAGGGUUUUAUAAACAAAGAAAAACCGAUGAGUUCAUGAUGUUUGAUUUCAGACUCAAAAGACCAUGACUUUCAGCAGAUUGUGUUUGUUCUCAUCAACAGGUGUCCCUAAUAAACUGGAUGUUUAUCACA